AUGGAUAAACUGGAAACUCACAAGAAGGCAUAUAAGAAGACAUUCGAUGAUCCCCGUAGAAAGCGUGAGGAGCAACAAGCUCAAAUUCGCAAGCAGCAACGUGACGAACAAUUAAUUAAGAGACGUCAAGCAAGUGAAGUUGGUAAUUUGAGUGAUGCUGGAGGAAAUGCAACAGGUGGGAAUGUCAGUGCAGUAUCUGGAAAUGUAUAUGGAGUUGAGCAUAUACCUAGCUUAGCACAAGGUUUGAUGAGUGAAGAUUUUAAUAUUCAAUUUGAAGCAACUCAGGGACUAAGAAGGCUUUUAUCUCGUGAGCAUAAUCCACCUAUUCAGGCUGUAAUUGAUGCUGGUGUAAUCCCAAGAUUAGUUUAUUUUUUAGGAGAUUAUGAACAUCCAAAUCUACAGUUUGAAGCAGCUUGGACUUUAACAAAUAUCUCAUCAGGAACAACAGAACAGACAUGUGAAGUUGUUCGCCAUGGUUCAGUUCCUAAAUGUGUUGAGCUACUAAACAGUCCUAAACUAGAGGUUAAAGAACAGGCAAUUUGGACAUUGGGAAAUAUUGCUGGAGAUUCUGCGAAUUGUCGUGACUUAGUUCUCAAGACUGGAGCUUUACCCCCAAUACUACAUUUGAUUGCCCAAGAGGCUGGUAUUAUUGAUGGGGGGAAUAUGUCAGCCUUACAAAAUUCUACACCUGGAAAUAAAGUUAGCGGAAAGACAAGUAUUUUAAGAACUGCAACUUGGACAGUGAAUAAUUUGUGCAGAGGUCGUCCAUCUCCUCCAUUUGAACUAGUAUCUUCUGCUUUACCAAUAUUAUGUCGCUUAUUAUAUUAUUCAGAUUUGGAGGUAAUGACUGAUGCCUGUUGGGCCUUAAGUUAUAUUUCAGAUGGAGCUAAUGAUAGAAUAGAAGCUGUUUUGCGUAGUGAUGCAUGUCCUCGUCUAGUAGAACUACUAGGUCAUCCUUCACCAUUAGUACAAACUCCAGCUUUAAGAUGUGUAGGGAAUCUUGUAACUGGGGAUGAUAGGCAAACCCAAAUGGUUUUGUCAUGUGGAGUAGUGAAAUACCUUUUACAACUUUUGUCAUCUCCAAAGAAGGUAAUUAGGAAGGAAGCAUGUUGGACUAUUUCCAAUAUUACUGCUGGGAAUAAGGAGCAAAUCCAGGAGAUUAUAGAUAAUGGUCUAAUUACUCCUUUAGUUAAUCUACUUAAUACAGCGGAGUUCGACGUGAAAAAGGAAGCUGCAUGGGCAAUAUCCAAUGCUACAACUGGUGGAACUCCUCAACAAAUAGAAACUCUUGUUAAUUACGGUAUAACAAAACCUUUAUGUGAUUUAUUGGCUAUUGAAGAUGUUAAGGUUAUUGAAGUAGCUCUGGAAGCUAUUGAAAAUAUUCUUAAGGUAGGAACUCUUAGACAGCAAGAACGUGGAUUACCAGAGAAUCCCUUCUGUACCUUGGUUGAACAAGCAUAUGGUUUAUCUAGGCUUGAAAAACUCCAAGAAGCUCCAUCAAAAGCUAUUUAUGAAAAGGCGUUUCAUAUUAUCGUCUCUUAUUUCCCAUAUGAAUAUGAAGAUGAAGCAGAGGAAGCUCAAGCAGCUCCUCAAGCUAAUUUUUCCUUUGCAAAUGAUACUCCACAGGGUGGUUUCAGAUUUGACUAA